UGUCCAGACUUUGAACCUGUGGACUGAGAGGAACAGAGAGCGACAGUGUGGUUAGAUAUUCUGAGGGUAGUCAUCAUGUGGUUUCAUGUUCUCUGUCUUACACUAAGUAUUUGCUGCUGUCAUCCCGCCUCAGUGUUCUUGGGGCGGGAUCAGGCCCAUGGCCUCCUCAUCCGGCCUAAGCGUGCCAACUCCGGCUGGUUCGAGGAACUCAAAAGGGGGGACCUGGAGCGAGAGUGCCUUGAGGAGAAGUGUUCCAAAGAGGAGGCGCGGGAAGUGUUUGAGCACAAACAGGCCACGGAGGAGUUCUGGAAAAACUACAAUGUUCAAGACAGCUGCCAAUCUGACCCCUGCCAGAACAAUGGAAGCUGCUCUAGCAUAUCAGGAUCUUCUUACACCUGCCUGUGCCUGCCAGGCUUCAGUGGACGGAACUGCGAGCUAGCAUUCAAGGCCAUUCCUGACUCCUGCUUACAUGAGAACGGGGGGUGUGAGCACUUCUGCGAGGAAGAGGGGGGCCGACGCAACUGUUCAUGUGCGGACGGCUACUUCCUGGGAACUGAUGGACAGUGUUGCCUGACACAAGAAACAAUGGCCUGUGGGAAGGUUCCUGUCCUGAAGGGCAGCGCCUCUGAGAAGGGAGACGGCCCGUUGGACCUCCGUUCACGUAUCGUGGGGGGAACAGAGUGCCCUAAGGGUCACUGCCCCUGGCAGGUGUUGUUAGUGAGAAAUGGGAAGGGCUUCUGUGGAGGAGUCAUCUACAAACCCACCUGGAUCCUCACUGCCUCUCACUGCUUGGAGAAUAUCAAGGCCCAGCACCUGAAGGUGGUGGCAGGUGAACACGACACAGAAAUAGAGGAGGGUACAGAACAGACCAUAGAUGUAGCAGAGAUCAUCAUGCACAAGAGCUACGUGUCAGACACGGCGGACAGCGACAUCGCCCUGCUACGUCUGAAGACGGCCAUCACCAUCACGCCUUUCGCCGUGCCCAUCUGCCUGCCCACCCGCUCGAUGGCGGAGCGUGAGCUCUGGGCCAUCAACCUCCACACAGUGAGUGGGUGGGGCCGGCGCAGCGAGAACGGCCCUACGUCGCGUGUCCUCCGGCGGCUGGAGGUGCCACGUAUACGUACCCAGGACUGCGUUGAGAUGAGCGGUGUCACGCUAACGGCUAACAUGUUCUGUGCCGGCUACAUCGAGGGCAGGCAGGACUCCUGUAAGGGGGACAGCGGCGGACCACUGGUCACCCGCUACAGAGACACCACAUUCCUGUUGGGUAUCGUCAGCUGGGGAAAGGGGUGCGCCCGGCCGGGGAACUAUGGGAUUUACACCCGCGUGUCCAACUACCUGGACUGGAUCCACAGCUACACGGCAGAGCAGCCGACAGCGCAGCCGACAACGCAGACGCAGAACACCACGGCCAAUCCAAAUGCAGUCUUAUAAGUGUCACAGAACAGGAGCAGAGCUGAGCCCAGUACCUUAUUGGGUUAAACUUGUAGUAUAUCUCUGAAACCAUGUUUGGCUUUCUGAUUAUAGUAUAUAUAUUUAUUAUGUUUCUCGUGCUUUGACUACACUUUCUAAAGUUUUUCUGUAUGUUUGUUGAUUUUAUGAUUUGAUUUCCCUCUGAUAAAAAAAAAGAAUAACUCUUGAUUGAUGCCAAAGUAAACUGACCCUUCUGCUGUGUCAUGAUAACCAUUAAGGCAAACUGACUCUUACGUAAGUUGGUGUUCAAUUACAAUGCAUUUGCCAUC